AUGCGUCCACCGUCCCCAUUUUCAAUCCAACCCUUAGCCACCAUCUACCCAGUCGCAUCAGAUGCGUCAAGCCAACCGCCGCAUUCACCCAUCGUCAUAUCAUCAUCUGGGUCGCCUCAUACCCCAACAGACACCCCUCCAUUUACUCCACCUAGACCCCCCUCUGACAGUCCUGCGUCAGAGCGUAACCUUGAAGAGUUGGUGGAAUUGGCUCGACUGAAUGAGCAGGAAGUAUUUGAAGCCAUUUUGGCAAGCCUCAAUCAAGGCCAAGAGGAAGAGCAAGUGAUACAUUCCGACCCACCUAACGCAUCACUUGAAUUGGACGAAGCAGAGCGGUAUGCUAUGAUGCUCGAAGCAGAAUUAGAAGAAGAAGAAAGAAGAUUUGGCCCUAACGCAUCUCAAUCACGCCAAACCGACGCGAAUGAAGGGCCCUCAAAAGAAAAGAGAGUGACAAGGAAAAGAAAAUUAAUAUUGGAGGAAGAAGAUGAGCAAUCAACAUCCAGCCCUGAGGAUGCAAUGCGUGGGACUUGCUCUAGACAUGACACAUUAGAGAAGGACUUGGAAGAGUAUUAG